AUGGGUCAGGCCUCGAGCACAUUUGUAGACAAUGCUGCGGCCAAGGUCGAUAUCCCUGGUCAAGGCACCCUCGUCGGAAGCGUAGCCAGCGACAAGACCACCGGCCGACUCAAGUCGCAGCGCUAUGCAGGCAUUCCCUUCGCUCAGCCGCCAGUGGGCCCGCUACGCUGGAAGAGACCGCAGCCACUUCCUACCACCUUCCGGUACGAUACCGAUGGGAAACGCUACCAGCACUUCGCCAAGGCGUGUCCUCAGCCGACCAACUACGCGCUCACCAACGGCGUCACGAUCCCCGACGCGCCCGUCUUUGCCCAGAGCGAAGACUGCCUCUACCUCAACAUCUGGUGCCCCGUGCGCGACGACGGCUCCCGCUUCGACCGCAAGUUGCCGGUUCUGUUUUACAUCCACGGAGGAUGGCUUCAGAUUGGCAACGCGCGUUUCUCGCCCGACGGCGACCCGAGCGACUUGAUCCACAAGGCCGGCCUCGAUGCCAUCGUCGUCACCACUGCAUAUCGACUCAACGUCUUCGGUUUUCUCGCACAUGAUGAGCUUCGCAACGAGGAUCCGGAACGCUGCACGGGCAAUUAUGGCUUCUGGGACCAGAGGGCUGCGCUGGAAUGGGUGCAUCGCAACAUCGAGCACUUUGGCGGCGAUCCGGGCAACAUCACCGUUGCAGGGCUGUCGGCGGGUGCACACAGCACCCACUCGCAGCUGAUGCACGAGUUCGACCUGUGCGCUCGCGACCCCGCGUACACGCCCAUCAUCCGUCGCGUCUUCCUCCAGUCCAACUCGGCCAUCUGGCCGUCCAAGCCGGUCGACGAAACACGCGCGCAGUUCGACGAACUUGUGGCUGCGCUCCAGAUCCCAGCAGAGCUGAGUGAUGCCGACAAGAUCGCGCGCCUCAGGGAGGUGGAUGGUGCCAGCCUCGCGCGCGUACUGGGCGGUAUGGGCGUGCAUACCUUCCGUGCUACACGCGACUCGCAGCCAGGGGCAUUCGUGAAGCCAGACUGGACAAAAGCCAUGAUGGACGGACGCUUUGCAAGGUGGGCUCAGAAGCACGGUGUUCGGUUUGUGAUCGGCGAGUGCGCAGAUGAGGAGUGGGUGUACCGCUACAUCAACACGCCCACCGAUAGGGCAUCUCUCGUUCGCCAGGUCAACAACUACUAUACCCUCCCGCUCGUGCACAAGAUGCUGCCGCACUACGGCGUUGCUGUUGGCGGCGCUUCAAGCGAGCACGAGCGGCGGCGAAAGGACAACGGACACAGCCUUGCGUCGGCAGCUCAGGGCGAUACUUCGCUCUACACUACGCUGGGCGUGAGGCCAUCGGCGACGUCUGCCGAGAUUCGCGCCGCCUACCUGGCACAGGUGCGACAACACCACCCGGACAAGCUGCAGCAGCAGGGUGGGGGUCGGGCGAUGUCGCAGGACGAUGCAGCGUCGGUGGCCGAGUCGCUGGCGCAGUCGGACGACCUGAUUCGCCAGCUGAAUCACGCAUACAAGACGCUCGUCGACGAUGGGCUGCGUGCGUCGUACGACGGGUCGCUUGCUGCUGCGCGUGCUGCAGCCAGCGCAUCGUCUCAGCCGCGCAUUUCGGCCACGGUUGACUUCGAGUCGUUCCAGCCUGUGGAGCACGGCGAUGCGAUCACGUUUAGCUACGCGUGUCGCUGCGGCUCGGCAUACAUGUUGUCCGAAGACCAGGUGCAUGCGCAGGUGGAUGUGGUCAGCUGCGACGGGUGUUCCGAAAACAUCCGCGUGCGCUACGAUGACGACGACGCACAACCCCACGAUGUGACGCCCAGCGAGAUCGGCGAAGUGUUUGGGCGCAUCUGCUCCGACUCGCAGGUGUACAUGGCCGAGCGAAUGCUAGUCACCGACCUGAUCGAUGGAGGCUUGGACCCCGAACGCGUGUUGAGGUACCGCAUCAACUACCGCGCCAGCGCCAUCGACAAGGCGCUACCGGCAUUCAAGGGCGUCAGCCACUCGUUUGACGACUUUGUCUGGUGGUUCGCCUGCCUCAAUCCCGGCGCGGAGCAGAAGAGCGUAGCGGAGUGGCUCAAACCGUACAGAGCCUUUGUGCAUGGCGAAGAUGUGCACGCGCACUGGUACGCAGGGCGCAGCGCAGACGCUAGACUCAUCCGCACCUUGAACAAGGACGGCUCCAUCAGCGUCGACGUCGAUCAAAGAUGGGAGGAAAACGAGCAGCUGGUUCAAGCCAUGCUCGGUAUCCGUCAAGAACUCGCGCAGUCAUUGUAG